AAAUAUACCAAAUAAAAAUGAGCAAUACUGAUAAUCCAGUAGUUUAAGAAUAUCUUCGUAAAAAAAGAGAUCAUGAUAAAUAUGAGACUGAAAUAAAGAAAAAAAGACAAGAAUUAAAAGAUCUUAAUAAAGAUUUAGAUAGAAGUGAAGAUCAUUUAAAAGCCAUUUAAAGUGUAGGUCAAUCAAUAGGAGAAGUUUUAAAAUAAAUUAAUGAAGAAAAAUAUAUAGUAAAAUCAUCAACUGGACCUAGAUAUGUUGUUGGAGUUAAAUAAAAAAUAAAUAGAAAUAAACUAACAAUAGGUGCAAGAGUAUCAUUAGAUUAAAAUACUUUAACUAUAGUGAGAAUAUUACCAAGAGAAGUAGAUCCUAUGGUAUAUCAUAUGUUAAACGAAGAUCCUGGUUCGGUAACGUUUAAUGAUGUCGGUGGCUUAGGUGAUUAAAUAAGAUAAUUAAGAGAAUGUAUUGAAUUACCGAUAACAAAUCCUGAAUUAUUCAAAAGGGUAGGAAUUAAACCGCCUAAAGGUUGUUUAAUGUAUGGACCUCCUGGAACUGGAAAAACAUUAAUUGCGAGAGCUUUAGCUAAUAAUGUAGAUGCAAAAUUUUUAAAAGUAGUAGCAUCAAGUAUUGUUGACAAAUAUAUAGGAGAAUCUGCUAGAGUAAUUAGAGAAAUGUUUUCAUAUGCAAGAGAAAAUGAACCAUGUAUAAUUUUUAUGGAUGAAAUUGAUGCUAUUGGAGGUAGAAGAUUUUCAGAAGGUUCAUCUGCUGAUAGAGAAAUAUAGAGAACUUUGAUGGAAUUAUUGAAUUAGAUUGAUGGUUUUGAUGAUUUGAGGAGAGUUAAAAUAGUUAUGGCUACAAAUAGACCUGAUGUACUCGAUCCUGCAUUAAUGAGACCUGGUAGAUUGGAUAGAAAAGUAGAAAUUCCAUUACCUAAUGAAGGCUCAAGACUAGAAAUUCUUAAAAUUCAUGCUAACUCAAUUACUAUUAAAGGUGAAGUUGAUUAUGAAUCACUUGCUAAAUUAACUGAAGACUUUAAUGGAGCUGAUUUAAGAAAUGUAUGUACUGAAGCCGGUAUGUUUGCUAUUAGAGUUGAUAGAGAUCAUGUUGUAGAAGAAGACUUUUUCAAAGCAGCAAGAAAAAUAAAAGAAGCUAAAAAACUUGAAAGCAAAUUAGAUUAUACUAAGAUUUGAUGAUGAAUUAUAUAUUAUUUUAUAUUAAUUAUUUUUUCAUCAUAUUUUAAAUUUUUAAAUUAAAU